CUCCUCGGAGCCCCCAGCCGCCGCCGCCGCCGCCCAGCCGCCGCCCCCGGGAACCGCGACAAUGAACCCCCAGUGCGCCCGCUGCGGGAAAGUCGUGUAUCCCACCGAGAAAGUCAACUGCCUGGAUAAGUAUUGGCAUAAAGGAUGUUUCCAUUGUGAAGUCUGCAAGAUGGCUCUCAACAUGAACAACUACAAAGGCUAUGAAAAGAAGCCCUAUUGUAAUGCACACUACCCAAAGCAGUCCUUCACCACGGUGGCAGAUACACCUGAAAACCUUCGUCUGAAGCAGCAAAGUGAAUUGCAGAGUCAGGUCAAGUACAAAAGAGAUUUUGAAGAAAGCAAAGGGAGGGGCUUCAGCAUCGUUACAGACACUCCUGAACUACAGAGGCUCAAGAGGACUCAGGAACAAAUCAGUAACGUAGGUGACCAUUUGUUCAGUGAUGUAAUAACCCUGACUUUUAUUUCUGGUGAGAAAGUGAAAUUGGACAACUUGGAAGUGUUCUUAUUGCUGUAAAUGCCAGCAGUACUCGGUAUCCUCAGAAAAUAUGCCAGGUUCAUCUACUGAAUCGCUUCCCUUUGAUUUCAUCACUGUUAUCAAGAGCCUAACAUUAAUAGCAGUGACUAUAGGCAUACCUACUUUUACUGUUUUACUUUUUUUUUUUUUUUUAAACAAUUAGAAGAUUUGUGACAACCCUGUAUUGUCAGGUGAUGUUUAGCAUUUUUUAGCAAUAAAAUAUUUUUUAAUUAAGGUAGAUACACUUUGGCCACCUGAUGUGAAGAGCCGCCUCAUUGGAAAAGACCCUGAUGCUGGGAAAGAUUGAGGGCAGGAGGAGAAGGGGGCGGCAGAGAAUGAGGUGGUUGGAUGGAAUCACCGACGCGAUGAAUGUGUUUGAGUAAGCUCCAGGAGAUAGUAAAGGACGGGGAGGCCUGGCAUGCUGCAGUCCAUGGGAUCUCAAGGAGUCAAACAUGACUUAGCGACUAAACAACAACAACAAGAUGUUUUG